AUGUUGUACAACUUCAGUAUUGAUUAUACUUUGUCACAACAAUUUAGCCUCAGCGUGACAAAAGACAGAUCCAUGACCAAAAGUGUUCUACAUGAUGCUUACCAACUUCAUCACUUAGAAACAAAAGGAAUUCAGUCAGGUUAUGCUUCUGGACUGCUGCAGACUUUGGGAGUCCCGAGCCGAGCAAACCCCCGCCUGCCGGAGAGCCCGUGCACUCGGAAGGGGGAAGGGGGAACAAUAAAAAAGUUGGACACAGGAAGACAGGCCUGCAGGUCUGGCGAGAGCCCCGGUCUCGGUUCCUUCCCUUCCCCGGAUCACCGGGGCAGCAGCCGGGAGCCCCAGCGCCACCAGCCCCCUCAAACUUGUCCCACGACCCAGCCCCCCGGGAAAAGGGAAGGAGGAAGAGCCAGGCAGGAAAGGCAGAACCCAGCGUUUGAUCAGCCUCCAAGCCCGGCCCGGAGUCGCCGAGGGGCCCAGCGAGCGCCCCGCCGCCCCGCGCCCGCCUCCCCGCGCCCCCCGACCGAGCGGAGGGGCCCCGGGUACCUAGUUUGUCCCGGUGCGGCCUCCGCAGACGCUCCGUGCCUCCCUCCUCCCGGCAGCAGCCGCCUCGCUUCCCUUCAAUUAUCAGCUGAAGCCGCAGCACCGAGCGACGCCUCGUCCGCCGCCUCCGCCGCCGAACCCCUUCCAGCGGCGCGAGGGGGAGGCCGCGGGACUACUUUCUCCUGGCGCCGGGGCCCCGCCGGGGCCCGCGCGCGCCCCGGGCCGGCGGGCGGCCUCUGCCCCGGCUGCCGCCCCCCGCGCAGCCCCCGCCGCGGCUCGGAGCGCGGCCCGCUCGCUGCGCUCGGCGGAGCCGCUGGCGGCGGUCGGUAUCCCUCCGCCGGGGUCGUCACCUCGGGUCCGCGGGAAUGUCCCCCCUCGGGGCGGCCAGGGGGCGGCCGGGGCACGGGUCGCUGGUGGCACCGGCGGCGGGGGUCAGACCCUGCCCGGCACCGCGGGGCCGCCGCGGCUGCUCCUUUAAGAGGGGGCCGGGCUAGCGGUGACCCCGCGCGAUGUCCGCCCCUUCCUGGUUGCCAUGGAGACCGCCUGCCAGCGUCCCAAAAUGGCGGCGGCGGCGGAACCGCGCGGGGCCGCCGCUCUCCCCGCCGCCCUGGAAGGAAGGAGGGAAGGCAGACCGCUAGCCUGAGGCGGCAAUGGCUUUAGCGACGGCUUGUCCUUAGGGAAGGAGCCCCUCCGUGCCGAUGCAGGACGAGGGGCCUCGUUAACGCCGCCAGGAAGCGACCAGGGAGGCGCCACCAGGAAGAGCUGCUGCACAAUAACUGGGAAAUGCAUGUUUUUGAGUAGCUGAAGUCCUACAGUGGCCUGUCCCACUGACCCCAUAGGAAUCCUACCAGUGCUCUGCUUGUCUUUUGAAUGUGACUGAGUGUUGUGGGGUCUUUGUUAUUCAUUUUUGCACUUGGAUAAUAAAAAUAAGAUGGUUCUUAUUAUUA